AUGGGUCCUCUCAAGCUGCCCAGAAACAUCUUCCUCGUCCUCUUCCUGGCAAUCAUGACGUGCCACGUGUCCUGCUUUACGAUCUCCGACCUCCAGAAGCUGACGUCAGUCCGGCUCUCGAACGAAACCUCGCUCGACCUCUGCACCGACCCUAAGACUGCGAAUGCGCUCUCGGGGCCUAUUCCCAUCGAGCUCGGGCUGCUGACGAAGCUGACGUCACUCCAGAUAUGCAACCAGAACCUGACCGGGGGGAUCCCCCCGCAGCUCGGGCACCUCACCGGACUAACCAUGCUUAACCUCACUGGUAACCGCCUGACCGGCGUGAUCCCAGUGGCGCUCGCCGGGCUAACCCUCCUCAAAACCCUAGCGCUGCAGAAUAACCAACUUUCGGGGGGGAUCCCUCCUGCGCUCGCCGCAAUCCAGAAUUUGGAGAAUCUGGUGCUCUACAACAACAGCCUUUCCGGUGGGAUUCCGGCGGAGCUGGGCGGGUUAACGCGCUUGACCAACCUGUUCCUGCAGAACAACUCGCUGUCGGGUUCGAUGCCCGCCAGCCUCGGUAACCUAACCCAGAUGCAAACCCUCGUUUUGGAGUAUAACCAGCUCACCGGGCCGAUUCCCACCGAGUUCGGGGGCCUUCUUCAAGCUUCCCUCCUCUCUCUCGCGGCCAACCAACUGACCGGAACCAUCCCCCGGUCACUCCAACUGAUGGUCAACCUGCGUAACCUGUACCUUCCAAACAACAACCUGACCGGGGCCAUUCCCCCUGAGUUAUCCCAGCUAACCCGCCUCGAAACCCUAAACCUAGCGGGAAACGCGCUUUCGGGCCCCAUCCCGCCGUCGCUAGCUAACCCUCCUAACUUAACGAAACUAAUUCUGGUCAACAACGACCUGACGGGUGUUAUUCCCCCCGGCUUUCUCGCCCGCUUCGGCUUUGCCAACAUUCUGCCCGGUAACUCCCAACUGAGCGUCUACGGCAGCCCGGGUAACCCUCCGUUGACUACUGCCCCUAAUCCAGCGCCGAACCCACCUUUCCUGGCAAACCCCCCGUCCAUUUCCGGCCCCCAAUUUCCACCGGAACCCCCUUCCCCAGCCCCAAACAAUUCCGCCGUCGCCUCAGAACCCUCCGUUAACCCGGGCGCGUUAGGCGUAACCCCCUCGCCAACCGAAACCCCGAAAGCCGAGGACACGCAUCCGCGACUGGUUGUGACGGCAGUAGUCGUCACGAACGUGUGUCUCGUCACUCUAUUUAUUACUUUGGCGGCGGUGUUCUACUACCGGCGGAAGGCCAAGCGUAACGCGCGAGCGGCCGGAACGCCGGACGUGGAGCUCGGGAAGGACGAGCCGCGGCCGGCCGCGCCCGCGGCCGCGCUGGCUGGCGCGCAUUCGCCGAGCUCUGACAACAGCAUGUUUUCGACGUCUGACUCGUCCCCCCCGGCUUUCUCGAUGAGCGGCAAGGAGCCGCCCGCGCCUCCGCCUGCGUCUGCGCGCACGCGCGCGCGCAUCGUGCCUCCAGAAGACCUACCCACCCCGGCCUCGCUCUUCCAUCGAACUUUCUCUCUAGCGGAACUCCGCGAAGCAACCGAAAACUUCAGUCCCAAUAACCUCGUCGACAGCGGCUCUUCAGCGACAGUCUACCGCGGCUCCCUGCCCGACGGGUCGCCCGUCGCGGUCAAGCGCCUAAACCCCGACGGGGGUUUGGACGAACGCGCGUGGCGCGCGGAACUCGCCGCGCUGAGCAAAGCGCGCCACCGAAACCUCGUCCCUCUGCUCGGAGUAUGCGCCGAAGCGGGGGAGCGCUUAUUGGUCCUCGAGUACUUUUCGGGGGGGAGCCUCCGGCAGCGUCUCGGUGCAGGAGCGACCCCCCUGACCUGGGACGAACGCGUGAACGUGGUUGAGGGGGUGUGCCGCGGUCUGGCGUAUCUACACCACGACAUCACUCCCCCACUGAUCCACAGGCAAGAAGUCUACUUCCGGCGCGAAGCUUCUUCAUCUGCAAGUGCUCUGUCUUCAAAUGUCAAACCCGCGAACGUCCUGCUGCGCGGGAGCGGCCGCGCGCUCGACGCGUGCAUCGGCGACUUCGGCCUCGCGUGCCUCGUCCGCGACAGACACUCGGACGUCCUUCCGUACGAAACCCCGGCCGCGGGGUCCAAGUUCGUGUCCGCGAAGCGUGACGUGUACAGCUUCGGCGUGCUGGUGCUCGAGAUUCUGACCGGACGUCCCGUUUUUGAAGCCGCCGGAAUCGCUAACGGCGCGCCCGGCGACGCGGAGGCCCUCCUCGAGGCGGCAUCGCGCGCGGUGCUCAAGGAUGGCCAGGGUUUGGAAGUUUUGGACCCCGCGAUCGCGGACGCGUGCGACGCGCUCGAGGCGGAGCGCUGCAUCAGCAUUGCGCUCGAGUGCUUGCAGCAGGUCCCCGACUCGCGCCCGACCAUGGAGAGCGUCAACCUGCGCCUCAAGACCAUGCGCUCGCGCAGAUUCAUGCGCCAGAGGUCGGGUGUGCCCGGUGCGUCGCCCCGGUUUGCCAGUCCGCGCGCGGAGGUGGUCGGGGCGUCGCCCCGGUACUACAACGCGCGCGCGGAACUGACCGGAAUGACGAGCGCUCGCGCUGAACUGCCCGGGAUGGCGAGCGCGCGCGGAGAAGUGGUCGGGGCGUCGCCCCGGUACACCAGCCCGCAGUCCCGGCGGACCAUCGGGAUGUCGCCCCGGUAUGCCACCCCGCCGUCGCGCUGA